AAACGAAUCUUUAUUAGCGACGGCGUCGAUCCUUCUGCGGAAGCUAGGUUUUGAUAAUUUCAGUUUUCUUCUUCGUCUUCUCCUUCAGAAAAUAAUUGCAGGUUUCUAUUAGAGGCAAAGAAGCGCCAAAAUGGGUUUUAGCGAGAAUUCAUUCACCGUAUCUGCUGAGACGGAGAAGUUCCUUUGCGAUCGAUUACUGGACCAAAACCAGCCCAUCUCUGAGCGCUUCAGGGCCCUCUUCUCUCUUCGCAACCUCCGUGGCCCUCGUCCCCGCACCGCCCUCAUUGCCGCAACAAGAGAUACCUCAAAUCUGCUGGCGCAUGAGGCGGCAUUUGCUUUGGGUCAGAUGCAGGAUAGUGAUGCUGUCCCUGCUUUAGAAGGAGUUCUUAAUGAUCGUUCUUUGCAUCCCAUUGUUCGCCACGAGGCUGCGGAAGCUCUUGGUGCCAUUGGUUCAGAUACCAAUGUUCCUCUGUUAAAGAAGAGUUUGACUUCAGAUCCAGCUCAGGAAGUCCGUGAAACAUGUGAAUUGGCUCUUAGUCGAAUAGAAGAACUGAAGAAUGUUCAGUGUGGUGAUGGAGUGACCAUGGCAGAGUCGUCGCCCUUUUUGUCAGUAGACCCCGCUGCACCUGCUUCUUGUUCUUCCGUUGAUGAAUUAAGGGAAGUCCUUCUGGAUGAAGAAAAGAGCAUGUAUCAACGAUAUUCAGCUCUUUUUGCACUCAGGAACCAUGGUGGAGAUAAAUCUAUCGCCGCUAUUAUUGAUUCUUUGGGUGCAAAGAGUGCUCUCUUGAGGCACGAGGUUGCUUAUGUCUUGGGCCAAUUGCAAAACAAGACGGCUUCAGCUGCACUUUCCAUGAUACUUAGGGAUAUUAAUGAGCAUCCAAUGGUUAGACACGAAGCUGCUGAAGCUCUUGGUUCUAUUGCAGAUGACCAAUGUGUAGCACUUCUCGAGGAAUUUGCGAAGGAUUCUGAGCCUAUCGUCUCUGAAAGCUGUGAAGUUGCUCUCAGCAUGCUGGAGUUUGAGAGAUCAGGAAAAUCAUUCGAGUACCUUUUUAUGCAGGCACCUCAAGUUGAGGAAGUUUCAUCAUAAACCCGGGUACUUUGCUUCAGUUGGUUCUUUUAUCCUCCAGUCUGCAAGAAAAACCCCGAGAUGAAGGUUUAUCCAUGUUAAAACAGUUCUCUCCUGACCGGUGUACGAUAAUACUACUAUUUGUGAACUAGUGCCAAUCACGAUUUUGGUUUAGCUUGUUGUGCUGAUCACAAGAUGGAAUUAUAGGAUGAAAAACUUGAAUCCGGAAUUCUUAUUAAUCAGUAGAGUUUGUUGGACUACUACAUGUUAAUGUAUCCACUUACUCUCACCCAAAGAAAGAGUAGAAAAAUGGCCACGCACAUGAGCAGUGAAAUUAUUUCUUUUGAUCAAGUUUUCCUGAUGUCGUAGGAGAUAAUGUGUGUAAUUGAGCUCUAUAACUGAUUUGAACAGUGAUACUUUGGACAGGUAAAGAUGCAUUUCAUACAAAA